CUCAGCUACGAUGUGCUGGCCAUCAGCCUCACUCACAGCACCUUCGCCUUGCCUCGUGCCUGCCAACCCCAACAUUGCCGGCUCCUUCCCUCGACCAGCUGCUACAAUGAGACGGAUCCCCUGUCUCCCUUUGAUCAUGCCUUUCGUUCCGUCGUCGGUCAUUGCUCCGAGCACACCCCAUUGCGUACCAAUCAGUCGUUUCACACCGUAUCUGCCAUCCUAUCGAUACCAAACCACAUCAUCACGAGCUUCAAAUCAUUCGAUCCACUUCGAAGUCCGCUCACCUGCGCAGAAACUCACUCAACAUGAGACCCAAGUCAAGAGAGAAGUCGACUCUCGCCGGCCCCGCUGAACAAAUUGCCAACGAGUCUUCUCUGGAAGCCGAAUCUCGCAAAGCAGCCAACUUUGCCGAUGUCGAGGCCAAAUUGCCACAGCGUUACACCAAGGUCGAGAUGAGCUUCAUUGACAAGAAAACAAGUAUUCUGGGUUCCCACAAUCCCUUUGGUAAGAAAGCGAACCCCAAGAAAUACCUAGUAUGGCUCUUGGACAACACCGCAUACAGGCCCGUCAAGCUGGGGAAAGACACUGUUCAGCCGUGGGAGGCUGAGUUCGUCGCUUGUUUCUUCCGUUUCGGUCGAUGGGACUUGACAGACUAUGUUAGCAACAUUGCUGAUCUUAUUGGGCUGGAUGACAAACUGGGUAGUGACCCUGAAGCCAGGAGAAGGAUUGAAGAACGACUGAAGCCUUUCGUCAUGGCCGUAGCACCGGCGCGCACGAUUGUGAUUCAGGUACCGAGGCUUACGCCCGGCGACAGCCCUCGCAAAAUUCACCUCGGACCAUCGACCCGGAACGGCAUCAGCAGUCAGGUCAUGCCUACAGGGGGCUCGGACAGUGCAGACGGCAAGACAGUUGUCUGUACCAGUGACGAAAACCUGUACCCGGACCUGAGAUCUCAUACCCGCUUUGUCGGUCAGGAAGGUUGGGCCAUCAUCUCGGACAUAGAUGACACUAUCAAGGUCACUCAAACACCUAAUCCUAUGGGCCUUCUUCAGUCUACCUUUGCAGAUCUGCCGAAAACGACAACUGGUAUGCCGGAAUUUUACAAGCUCCUGGACGAUACAUUCAGAUCUCCUGCUUGGUUCUACCUCUCUGCAUCGCCCUAUAACUUAUACCCCUUCCUCCACGACUUUGUGCAGAAGAACUAUCCACGAGGGACGAUAAUUCUUCGAGAUGCAUCGUGGAUGAAUUUUGCAGGCUUGCUGCAAUCUUUCACUCAAGGAGUUCAAGAGUAUAAAACCAAGCGCAUUGAGAAGAUACAGUCAUGGCUUCCAAAGCGCAAAUUCAUCUGCAUUGGCGACUCGACUCAAUCAGAUCCGGAAGCGUAUGCUCAAAUGUACACCAAGUAUCCAGACUGGAUCAAAGCGAUCUACAUCAGGAAGGUCACCGAUACUCCCUAUGUGGCAGACAAAAACAGGAAUCAACGUUUUAUUGAUGCGUUCAAGGAUGUGCCUGACCACGUCUGGAGAGUGUUUGUACAACCCGAGGAGCUCGCUGAUCAUGUGAAGCAAGUGUCAGGCCAGGCUCAUGCAGGGGAGCUCAGCGAUUUGUUAGGUCUGUAGUGCCAGACUGAGCACGAGAAGAAGCCCAAGGUUUCGAGACCACAAGUCACAGAGGCCCUAGCUUCUACACCACAGUCUGCUCCAUCAAAGCCACCGACACCGCAGCCUCAUACAACGCACCUUCAUGCACCGCACCCUUACGCGUCGCACCCACCAACACC